AUGGCAUUCCGCAUGGCGCUCGGUCUCGUGCUGCUGUGGCUGCCCCUGGCGAAAGGCUUGACCUUCUCGCACAGCCAGGGUGGUGACACCGCGACAUGGGAACUGCAUCUCCACGGGGAUGAGCUUCAUGUUAUGGCUGACUGCCCGGCCGACAGAUGGUGCAGUCUUGGCUUCAACAAGGACAAGCCCAAGAUGGAUGGCACAGAUGUCUUCACCUUCGGCCACCAUCCGGGUGUGGAUCUGUCAGACUGCCACCAGACCUGUGGCACGGCCUGCGGCUGUGGCACGGCCUGCGGCUGCGGCUGUGGCACGACCGCUUGUGGCUGCGGCUGCGGCACGACAGCCUGUGCUGCCUGUGGCAGCGGCACAACCUGUGGCUGUGGUGGCAACACUACCUGUGGCGCCUGUGGCGCCUGCGGCGGUCGCCGGCUGCGAAGCCGCAAAACCUCCCCAACUCCAUCUCCGUUCCUUCCCUACGAGCGCGAGCUUAAGGUGUGGCUGCCGGCUCCUCCCACCCAGAUCCGUGCGCCCCAGAGCCCGAAGGCCUUGGGCGGUGUGGUGGGCAUUGCCUUGAACUCCGUGCUCUUCGUCCACGAGCAUCCUGGCGAGGGCAUGACUUGGGUGAUUGACAACUGCGGUGGGCAUGGCGACACCUUCGGGCACUACCACUACCACGCUCCUCCCCUUUGCCUGCUUCGUUCCCUAGGCGUGCCAGUUCCGAAGGGUUCCUGGUGGAAAUCCGGGGGCGCGGAGCAGUGGGCUUCUCAUCACCCGGAAGUGCAGAUCGGCUGGGCCUUGGAUGGCGCACCCAUCAUGGCCCCCUUCAAGGAUGGCGUGCAGGUCAAAAAGGAGAUGCUGGACGAGUGCCACGGUGCCGUCGACCCUGUGACCGGGCAGUACAAGUACUACACUGUCUUGGCUCCUCCUUUCGUGCCUCCUUGCUUGCGUGGUGAAGUUCUCGGUGAAGUGAAAGGCUACCGCAGCUCGAAAGGCGGCGUGCCCUGCGCACAAUCCCAGCGCCUGAUUGAAGAGCCUCUGACCUCGCAGCUUGAGCCGUCGGGCGGACGGUGGAUGAGUGGCAUCGGAUGCCCCAGGCACGCCAUCUUCGAGGAUGUGAAGACCGGGAGCCCUAAGGGAUGGAAGCCAAAGAAGUCCUUGAAGCUCGCCAAGCGCCGCAUGAGCGGCUGUGGAGGCAAGUAUGGCACCUGCCCCAGCGGUGGCGCCUGUGGCCAUGCGGCACUGCUUGCGGAGCCUGCGGAGCAUGCGGCACUACUGCUUGCGGAGCCUGUGGAGCAUGCGGUACUACUGCUUGCGGAGCCUGCGGCACUGCCGCUUGCGGAGCUUGUGGAGCAUGUGGCACCACUGCAUGCGGAGCCUGCGGCGCAUGUGGCACUACUGCUUGCGGGGCUUGUGGAGCUUGUGGAGCAUGCGGCACCACAGCCUGCGGAGCAUGCGGCACUACUGCUUGCGGUGCGUGUGGAGCAUGCGGCACUACUGCUUGUGGCGCUUGCGGGGCAUGCGGCGCCACGGCUUGUGGUGCUUGUGGAGCAUGCGGCACCACGGCUUGCGGCGCUUGUGGAGCAUGCGGCACUACAGCUUGCGGAGCAUGCGGCGCUACAGCUUGUGGAGCAUGCGGCACUACUGCUUGCGGAGCCUGUGGAGCAUGUGGCGCGACUGCUUGCGGCGCAUGCGGUGCCUGUGGAGCAUGCGGCAGCGGUGCCUGCGGAGCAUGCGGCACUGCUUGCGGUGCUUGUGGAGCAUGCGGCACUACUGCAUGCGGAGCCUGUGGAGCAUGCGGUGCUGCUUGCGGUGGCUGUGGGGCUUGUGGCGCUUGCGGCGCUUGUGGUGCUAGUAGUGGUUGUGGUGGCUGUGGUGGUUGUGAUGUUUUGCGCCAUGAACCUCACGGUCAUGAACGGCGCCACGCCUGUGAGCAUCUCCCAGUGCAACCUUCCUGGCAAGACGAUCGUCAUCGAUUCAAAGCAGGAUCUGACCGAAGUCUCCUACGACAUGUCGGGCGGUCGCAUGAAGGCUGAUUUCCAUCGCAAGCUGAACACGGGCGACUGCACUGACUUGGUUCUCGCCGCAGACACUCCGCUCUACAUCAUCAUGGCAAUGGGUGUCAAGGGCGACAUGAACGUGGUGGGGCACGGCUACUCAGAGACACAUAACGUGGUUUGCAUGGGCUCGAUGAUGCAGACCGUCGAGUGCAAGCCCCCGAGCGAAUGGGCUGACGUGCCUCCUACUAUGCCGCAGACCUCAUCCAUGGCCGCGCCAGCUUUGUCGGGAUUGGCGGGCAUCUCCCUGGCCCUGUUCUUCCUGCAGUAG